AUGCUUAAAAAAAGGAAACUAUCAAAAGGUCUUAUUUUACCUUUCCCCGAGGACAAGUCACACAUCAAGUUAUUCCAUUGCCCUCCUCUGCCCACCCAGUGCUUUCAGCAGAAACCAGGAACCGCUCGUGCUCGCCGCGGGCGCGCUCGGUCCUUCGCCCCGCCAGGCCAGCGCGCCAGGACCCGACGGAGCCCAAGCCGGAGCCGCCUUCGCCCAGCGGCCGGGGAGCUCCCGACCGGCAGCCGGCCACGGGGGGUCGCCUUCGAGGUCCCCGCCGCCGCCGCGCCUUCUUCGUCCUCCUCGGCCUCCUUCGCCGCUGCGAGCGCACCCCAGGCCCAGUGCGUGUGCCCCUGGUGCCAACGGGUGUUCUCCAAGAGCAGCAACCUCAAGCGACACAUGCUGACCCACACGGGAGAGAAACCCCACGCGUGUCCUCUGUGCCCAUACCGCGCCGUCCAGAAGGUCCAGGUCAUCCAGCACAUCAGGAGCAAGCACAGCAUGGACAAGGACCUGUCGAGCUCCUUCUUGGAAAAGCCAGCAGACAAUUGA